AUGGCGCCCAAGAAACCCCGGCCGCCUGCCCUCCCCGCAUUCUCCAUCACCACUCUCGCCCCCCUCUUCCCCGUCCACUACCUCAUCUUCCGCGAACUCCUCCACCUCGCGCCCACAAAGUACAUGCUCCUCUCCAAAGCGCACAACUCCCACGCAAAAGACCAAUGCCUUGCGUCUUUGCUGCCGUUGUACUAUGCCCGGUCUAUCCGGUUUGACGACCUGCGGACGUGGGUCGGCUUUUCCCUCGAUUUCGGAUGGGUAUAUAUCCAGCACAGGAGACGGCGAAUACCGGGAGACUACUUUGCCUCCCAGCGCCACCCCAUUAAGCUGUUCCGACACGUCCGGCAGAUCGAAAUCUCCCUCUUACCCUUUGCCACCAUCGCCUCCAUCACCGAAGAGCUCGCGCGGGAGAAAAAGUAUCCCCGCAAAGAUCUGGGGAAUACACUCGCGAUGGACCAGGAGAUUGGCAGCGAUUUUGAAGAACUCGUCAUUCACGUCGACCGGCCGUUUACGAAGAAUGAAAACCUGCGCUUGUAUAGCUUUGGGCAAUUGGUCUCAAACGAAGUUUUUACACGGCAAAAGAGGACCACGAUCUGCGUCCAUUUACCAGCAAAAGAUGGUCCUUCCCUAGCCGACCUCCGCUCGCGCCUGCCCCUCAUCCUGAAUCGAAACAUGAAUUACCCAUGUCACAGAGUCGUCAUUCACCCCACCAACCCCGCCGAGCCAUUCCUUUUCGACGAAGCGACUGAGAUAGUCGCAAAGUACCUCGCAGGGCGCGCACGCUUGCGGGCUGCGGGUGCAGGGACGGAGCCGAGGUUUCCCAGGCCGGGCGUGGAGAUUCAUGUACCGCAGGCCGAUGCCCUCAAGGAUGCGGCGUUUGGAUGGCUUGAGAAGGAGUUGCCGGGGGAUAAGCAUGAUGUGGAUCAGAAGGAGAUGGAGAAGGUGUUUAAUUUUGUGAAGCUGGAUCCUGCGAUGACCGCGGGGGGUGGUCAUUGCAUUUGA